UUACUUCCGGCCCGUCCAAGCACGAAUCUUAUAUUUCAGAGUUUGAAACACCUCUCUGUGAUUAUGGUAAUUGUGUUUUGGACCUUCAGAUCUCGAAUGUUUGGAUACGUACUAGGGUUGCUGAUCAAGGCUUGAGGAAUCGAAGGCAUUAAUGGAGAGGRUCUUGUCCGUUGUGAUGUCCGUACUUCUUCUGCUACGUGUUGGUUCAUGAAGAUUGUGAAGCACGUUGUCCAUAUUUCCUUUAAUCGCGGUCUGAUUUACCGUCAAUGGUUGCUGCCAAGCGGAUCAAGCAGCUUGUACAACUAGCUGCAGUUGGACUUCUGCUUUUAACGUUCCUAAUAUUCACUCAAUGGGAAGAUGUAACGUCUGGCACGAGGUUGCAACGAAGAUCGUUCGGAGUAGGAGAGCAAGAUGACGAAGAAUUAUUGGCUCUCGAGAAAGAACUCGAUGUUGACCGUAUAUUGAAGGAAAUACAGAAAAAUGUGUCACUUGGGCUUCAGAAAAAGAAACAGGAAAGACAUGMCAUUGUUCUCAACCAUCGCCGGCGUCUCGUCAACAAAGGUAACGACUCUGAAGACUCUCCAUUCACCACUCGUUCACCACAUUUAGUAAAACCCGAUAAAGAACCAAAACUAGACCAAUCACGUGACAAACCGUUGAAGGACACCAAAGCAUCACGGGAACGAACACAUCGUCGYCACUUAAAGACGUUUAAAUGGCGAACGGAACCCUGGGGAAGUCACAUGUUUGGGCAGCUGAAUGUCCAUGUUUGGCAGGCGUGGUGCGGGAAUACAAUACACGACCUUAGACGCAAUUGGUUCUUUCCCUUGUACCCAGACCUACGCCUGUCAGUCAGUCGAUUUUACGUGAAGCACUAUGAAAGUGACUAYGGUCAAAGAAUAUUUGGUUACMUACACCCUCCCCUCACAGGGAAAUAUUUAUUCGCUUUGUCAUCUGACGACACGUCGGAAUUAUGGCUGAGCACAGACGAACACCCCGAAAAUGUAAAGCCAGUGGCUUGGGUUGGCAACCUCACAAGCUUUAGUGGAAGCUACAGAACUAAUGUCGCUGAAUUCACUAAGUACAGCACACAAUUAUCCAGACAAAUUUAUCUUAAAAAGGGACAAAAAUACUUCGUCGAAGCCCUUCAUAAGCAGGGCGCGAGACAAGACCACAUUCUCGUGGGCUGGAAGAUMCCCGGUCUACCCGGUUUUCGUUAUAUUACAGGGAAUUCUAUAUCUAUGUAUAUCUACGAUCCUAAUGCGUCUCCUGAUGUAGCAAAGUAUGCCGGRUACAUCCCGCAGACUAUGCCAUCACACACUCAUUCACAUAAUUGGAGCGUAGURCUGGAUCGAGAGGUGCAUAAAUUCGGUACCAAUAAGGAACCAGAAGUUGAGCAUCAUAAAACUAGACCCCCGUUUUUAAAUUUUGAUUACUUAUUUUACAAAUGUAAAUACGAGCCAAGUUAUUUAGUGAAGAAUUUUACAUUAAGACGAUAUGAAGGAGUUGGACUGAUCCACGAUUCYGCCGUUUACCCAGAUGACAAUACCGCUUUGACUCAUAUGAGACCGUUUGAUACGUGUGGUCAUCAUCGACGAUACACUGACUCUCACGGAAAUAAUCUAAAUAUAACGACCUCAAAACAUAGAAAUCGUACGCUUUACUCGGAAGGAUCGAUUAAAGUCUUCGGGCCCGAYGGUGAGGGUUCGGUUGUUACGAUGUCUUCCGAUCUCUCCGAUGCGUAUCCGGUCGAGGGCGACAGUCUCAACGGGGAACAAACCUCUGAUAAACCAAUCUUUCGUAGUAUGGAGGAGAGAGUUCGUACGAUAGCUGAAGCAUAUAAAGACUUUAAUAAUUCAAGGACGGAACAAGUGCAGUAUGACACUAUAAAACCUAAUGAUCCAAGAACGAGUUCCCAUGGAAACACCAAUCACUUCGACCCUAGCAACGUUAACGAUGAGAAAACCGUYGUUAAUAUUAAAAAAAGAAGCAUUAACGACGACAACGUUGUACCAAAAGAAUCAAACUCGCAGCAUCGUGGCGCGAUUUUAAACAUAGCGAAAAGAAUACACGAACGCUUAAAACAACCCCUUACAAGAMCUGAAACGAGUGACAACAAUGCUGUARAUAGUAUAAAGAGUCACAUGGACCAAGCAGCUCUGAGUGAUGCUGGAAAUACUUAUCGACAGCAAAGUCCAAUAACCUUUCAAACAUAUCUGCCAUCGAUUCAAGAGCUGCAGGGAGAACUAACUGCAAAACACUCCGAUCAAAUCGUAAAUCAAAAGAAGCAAGAUUCAAGACAGGUCCAUCAAGGUUCAAGACAGGUCUAUCAGGAUUCGAAACAAUUUCGUCGAGAUUCGCAACAGACUCAUCAAGAUGCCCAACAAGUGAAUCAAGAUUCGAAACAGGCUCGUCGAGAUUCAAAACAGGUUUAUCAAGAUGCGCAGCAGGUCAAUCAAGAUUCAAAACACGUUAAUCGAGAUGCCCAACGGGCUCAUCAAUAUGCGCGACAAGUGAAUCAAUAUUCGCAACAGGUUUAUCAAGAUUCAAAACAGUUUGAUCAAGAUGCGCAACAGGUCAAGCAAGAUUCAAAACACGUAAAUCGAGUUACCCAACAGKCUCAYCAAGGUGCGCAACAAGUUUAUCAAGAUUCGCAACAGGUUUAUCAAGAUGCGCGACAAGUUCAUCAAGAUUCGCGACAAGUUCAUCAAGAUUCAAAACAGGUUUAUCAAGAUUCAAAACAGGUUCAUCAAGAUGCGCGACAAGUUCAUCAAGAUUCAAAACAGGUUUAUCAAGAUUCAAAACAGGUUCAUCAAGAUGCGCGACAAGUUCAUCAAGAUUCGCGACAAGUUCAUCAAGAUUCAAAACAGGUUUAUCAAGAUUCAAAACAGGUUCAUCAAGAUGCGCGACAAGUUCAUCAAGAUUCGCGACAAGUUCAUCAAGAUUCAAAACAGGUUUAUCAAGAUUCAAAACAGGUUCAUCAAGAUGCGCGACAAGUUCAUCAAGAUUCACAACAGGUUUAUCAAGAUUCAAAGCAGGUUCAACAAGAUUCUCAAAAAGUCCAAAUUCGACGGGCAACUCUAAGAAAGUUGAUGGCUAUUUCUGUUGCAUCACAAACACAACAGGGUACACCGGCUCAGCCGAGUAAUGAUGAUGAUGAUGAGAAUGAUGAUGAUGAUGAUAAUGUGAAAGAUGACGAUAACGAUGAUGAUGACGACGAYGAUGACAAUAAAGCGGAACUUGAGGAUCUUGAUGAUCUCGGUGAUGACGAUGAUUACAAGGACGAGGYAUUGCCCCAGCCAUCCAAGCCAUUUCAAACUGGACAAGGCACCGUUUACUUUCAUCCUGGUUUAAAACUCAAUAACUCUGUUCUUUCCAAGGAUUCUGCRCUUUUACGUGUAUACUCUGCKCGUGAGUACAUUCGACGAAUGCAGAAGCUUGUUCAGAUAUAUAAAUAUGAUGUUACAAGUAAACAGUUAUCAGACCAGAUAUAUCGACGGUUUGGUGUCAGAAUGCAGGUACCUGAAUUACGAUAYUACAGAGACUACAAUCCUUGGCUGUACAACCAAAAUAUUACCAAGUGCGGUACUGAYGGGAAUGUUUUGUUAAAUGAAAAUGUAGCCCAAAGUGUGGUAAUGCGUUACAUGAAGUCUGUGGACAGAGUAAGACCACAUAAAUUCAAAUUGGAGAGAAUCAUCAACGUGCAAGAAAAUCAUGACGUUAUUAAAGGCGAUCGAUAUCUGAUAGAAUUGGAACUCUUUCACUUUGAAACAGAGAGAAAAGCUCGCGUCUCUCAGUAUGUUUACCARGAAAUGGGGUACACAGAUUUCUGUUCUCCACAGAAUUUCCACAUACGACACCAUGCAACAGUUCAUGUUAUUAUUCCAGUCAAAAAUCAAGGGCGUUGGGUACAAUACUUCAUUGACAACAUGUCGGAGCUAUUCGUCAAGACUGGUGAUCCCCAUCUGAACGUCAUCAUCGUUGACUUCAGCAGCGACGAUAUCGAUAUCAACGAAGCCUUGAAACGAAGCCCACUUGUGAGGUACCGAGUUAUAACGCUGAGUGGUCCAUUUCAAAGGGCGUUUGGUAUCCAGGCUGGCGCUGCUGUUAUUUCGAAUCCUAAUGACAUCGUUUUCAUGUGUGAUCUUCACCUUGAGAUACCCAAUAAUAUGAUUGACAUCAUUAGAAAGCAUUGUAUACAAGGACGAAUGGCGUUUGCUCCGAUAGUUUUACGUCUCCAUUGUGGUUUUACUCCUACAAUACCGUAUGGAUUCUGGGAACUUCAGGGGUAYGGUCUAUUUGCCAUGUAUAAAUCAGACUUCGAUCGGGUUGGUGGUAUGAACUACCGUGAGUUUGGGACGAGAUGGGGAGGAGAGGAUUGGGAACUACUAGACAGAGUUUUACUGCACAAAAUGGAGGUAGAACGACUUCGUGUUCCCAAUUUUUAUCACUUUCAUCACUCAAAGAAAGGCAUGUGGGGUAGUCCAACAAUUGACGUCAUACACAGCGAUAUUGGCGCACAAUACUAUAAAAACAGGAACCAAAUUAUUCCACUUUAUCGACCAAGAAAAUAUAUACAAAUAAGACCUAUUCGCUAUUCAAACACUAUUAAAACUAAAGACAAACAGAGAAAUUUACGAGUCAAGCGAGUUCCCUCGCGAAUUGUACGAUAUUCGUCACGAGUACGUCGUGGUUAUCGACCUAAACAAAAACCACGAGGYACCGAUAAAAAUGGCGCCAAAAUUUAUUACUAAUGUUUGGUCAAUAUUAUUUAUUAGUAUAUUGAUAAUAUAUUGAUAAUAUAUAUCUGUAUAUAUGAUAGUCAUAUUCAAUUUUUGGAACAAACAUGAUUAAAGUACAUUUUAUAUAUUUA